UCAUAAAAAUGCAAAAAAAGAACUCGGCCAAUAUCCAGCCAUCUUGACCGAACAAGCUUGGUUAAUAACGCAUAUGUAGUGUUGUUUAGUUAGAGAUAUGCAAAGCGGUAUAAAAGUUUUCUUUGGUGUAAUUGGUUGUAAAAGAUGACUUAAUUGACCAUGGUUAUGAUGACAAAUGAAACUAUAAUUGAUUGAUUCAUGAUUGAUAGCUACGAUCAUUUUGAAUCCAGCUUGUUUGACCGGCUGUUGCGCUUGUUUAUUGUAUUAAUGCUUCUAUGUUGGUCUGAGUUCAACUCCGUCGUUCGGGUCUCCCCCGUAAAGGAGUUUGAGGCACUAGGAGCAAGCUUGGACGGAGAUUUUUUUUCGUUUUAGUACCGACACGCCGGCGCCGUUAGUCGUCAACAAAGCAUGAUGGCGAUAUAAUUGUGUUAGGUGCUCAAGCACGAUACAGUCCAUUUUGUGUUGUGUAUUCCCACAAUUCAGUUUAAUUAAUUUUUGGUCUCCUACUGUGAUCAGAUUUAUUCCCUUAGCGUUCCUCGGCCCACCUAGAACCCAGUCGGAUGUCCACUCGUAUUUUUGGAUUUCCCUUUCAGGGUUGAGGUCACUCGUGCUUUACUUAGAUAAAUAAGGUUGAUACAUACAAACAUUCGUCAAAUAACAGACGUCUUACAUGUGAAAGAUAGACGAGACAGGAGCGUCCUCUGCUGAGACUUCAAAGAUCCAUUAAAUAUCAGUGUACCUGAGUCAACUGUUAUAGUUGCAGGCAACAUUAAAGAUCGGGUGUGAAUCCAUGAUUGUCAUUCUGAACGCAAUAGGCCGACUAUAAGCUGACGAGUGUCGCAUCAUCCUGUUUGAGGAACCGAUAGCAAAUAGUACAAUUAAGGGGCACGUGAUAAGGAGUAGUGAGGUCCUUAGUGAGGGGAGCUGUCGCACGAUGUGUUAUAUGGAGCCUAACUGUGUCUCCAUAAAUGUGAAACCUUUAGACGGAGGAAAGUACAACUGUGAGUUGAAUAACGCUACGAUUGAUAAAAGUGAACUAACCUUUGAAGAAGUGGAUGCUUACUACCUGGCGAUUGAGAAUCCCUGUAGUAGCAGCCCUUGUGUCAAUAAUGGAACUUGCCAAGUCGGUUUCACCAGCAAAGGGUUUCGAUGCGUUUGUGUUCCUGGAUAUGCUGGAGUAAAGUGCAGUGUAUUAUCAAGAUCUUGCAGUGACUUAAAGAAGCUCGAUCCUAAAGCGAAAAGCGGAAUCUGUCUGAUAGAUCCUGAUGGCGAAGGAGGAUUGCUGCCUUUCCUCGUCACCUGUGAUAUGACUGACAAAGACGGAGUUGGUGUGACUGUCAUAAGCCACGACAGCGAAAACAGGACAUUGGUGGACAAUUACGAAGCCAAGGGGUCCUACUCGCGAAAUAUAUCCUACAAAGGAGCGAGCAUAUCUCAAUUGGUGAGUCUCGUCAACGUUUCCCAACAGUGUGAACAGUUCAUUAAGUACGAGUGCCUUGGUUCAACAUUGACAGAUGGCCUUUGGGUUUCACGUGAUUCUCUGGAAAUGACCCACUGGAGUGGUGCAGCACCUGAAAGUAACAAGUGCGCAUGCGGAAUGAACAACACAUGUGCAAAACCCGAAGAUCCAAACAAACUCCCGGUCUACUGUAACUGUGAUGUGAAUGACAAUGUAUGGCGUGAAGAUAGUGGUGUCCUUACUAACAAGACACAUCUGCCAGUUAAGCAGCUGAGGUUCGGAGACACAGAAUUUGACGUCCAAAAUCAAUUUGACGAGAAGGGUUACCAUACCUUGGGGAAGUUUAAGUGUUAUGGAAUCGCUUAAUUGUAAGGAAUAAAGAAAUCUUUAACCAAUUCAAAUCAUUCCGUCUAACAGAAAACUAUUGGAAGACAGUCAGUGAUUCUUGUGAAUGGAUGACUUGAUAAUAAGAAAAUUAACUCGCGGUACCUUUUUCUUUCAGUUAUUUUAUUUGUUGAUUUACCGGCAACAUUAUAAUCAUGCUGGCCCAGUUCAGCUGCAAGCUGAUUUGAAUGAGGGCCUGUAAAAAGGAUAUAAAUGUGACAAAAUAUGUAUUGAAACAAUAUCACUGAACUGUUAAGAUGAUGUAAACUUCGUGAGCUAGUGUAAAACCUCUGCAUUGUAAUCGCGAUGAAUUCUGUUAAGACUGGCUACGCUGUGAUUUUAACUAUUUACACUUGUAAUUUGUUAGUAACUAUGGCAACAAUGAUCGAUUUAUCUACUUGUUUACAAGUAAACCAUAUCUCGAUAUUUCUAUUAAGUCUUCAAAUAUGAUAAAGGUUCAGAUUUUUUUUGUGUGCCGGUCAUAACCGAAACUCAACUUAGGUUAUUGUUGUUUGAAUAAAUAUCCCCCAGUAUGUAAAUAUGUAGUACAGUGCUACUGGUGUUUCGAAUAAUUCUAGCGGCUGAAUUGAUUUCAGUUUUUAGAUCUAGAAUUCAAGACUCGAAUAUUACUCUUGUCACCGUAGAUUUAAAGUUAUAAAUAAUUGAGGAGAAGGACAUGUAAUUGGCAACGUUUUGAAGGGUUCUAAAACACGCUAAAAUAUUGAGUUGUUAGGCAGCUUGUUAGCUUUUUAUAACACUGACUGCAGUAUUGAUAUGUAAUGGCUGA